GGGCGGCAGCGGGCGCCGCGCGCGGUGGGAGCGGAGCGGAGCGGGUGCCCGGCGGCCUCGGCUGGCGGCCUCUGCCUGAUCUCGGCGCCGCAGACCGCGCCUCUCCCGCCCGGGUCUCCGGCUCCGCGGCCCCGGGCACGGCGGAAGCGACGGAGCUCUGGGCCCCGGGAGUGUGCAGCCGGUGCCUACGAUGGAAGUCGACAUCAACGGAGAGCCCCGCAGCGCCCUGAGCAGUGUGCCCUGCGCGGCCGCCGAGGCCAGUGCCCCGGGGAAGGCGGAGGCCGAGAAGCCGCGCUGCUCCAGCACGCCCUGCUCCCCGAUGCGCAGGACCGUGUCGGGCUACCAGAUCCUGCACAUGGACUCCAACUAUCUGGUCGGCUUCACCACGGGCGAGGAGCUGCUAAAGCUGGCCCAGAAGUGCACGGGCGGCGAGGAGAGCAAGGGGGAAGCUGUGCCCGCCCUGCGCUCCAAGCAGCUGGACGCGGGCCUGGCGCGUUCCUCGCGUCUGUACAAGACCCGGGGUCGGUACUACCAGCCCUACGAGAUCCCGGCGGUCAACGGCCGGCGGCGAAGGCGCAUGCCCAGCUCAGGAGACAAGUGCACUAAGUCUUUACCUUACGAACCUUACAAGGCCCUGCACGGGCCCCUGCCCCUCUGUCUUCUUAAAGGUAAGAGGGCUCACUCCAAAUCUCUGGACUACCUCAAUCUAGAUAAAAUGAACAUCAAGGAGCCAGCUGACACAGAAGUGCUACAGUACCAGCUUCAGCACCUGACCCUCCGAGGGGACCGGGUGUUCGCCAGGAGUAACACCUGAGUGGCCGCAGAGAGGGGAAGCCCAUCUAGGUCAGCCGACAGUGGCCAGAGCAACCCACUGCUGUCCUCUGUACAUGACUCUUCCCAUUAUAGAUGGUUAUAUCGGCUAAGUGUUCCUGGAACAUAAAAAUUGUUUGGAUUAAUUUUGAAGACAGAAUGAAAUCACAGGUACUGGGGGGGAUCUCAUUCUAGAGCACGCAACUGCGAAGAAAACAGAAUGUGGGCCAGUAGUUCAUAUAGCUUUUUAGCUAGGAAAAAAGGCUUUGGUACAGUAAUUUCAAUCUUUAUGAUUCUGACGCUCAAAUUGGGAAUGUUAUCUGCUUGGUUGUUGCCGAAUUGGUAUGAUUCAUUAGAAAUUUAUAUCCUGCGUAUUCAAGUACUUCUUGAAUCUCUGUGUUUUACUAUACAAUGUAUGUAAUGAUUUGUUUUAUGAAAUUUAGAACUUGAACAUUGCUGACUUGGACCACUUUUUAUUUUUAAAUAUUGAGUUUAAAUAUUUUAUAACUGGUUUUGCACUGAAAAAAAAAAUUAACAUUUCAGAUUGAUGAGAGAAUAAUCUUUCUUCACUUGCCUCAGUAUUACUGAGGAAUGAAUUUUUUAUUUCCGCAUGGAAAGUUAUUGGUCUCUAUGGCUGUAAAAUAUUUCUUUAUAGCGUUAUUAAAGUGUGUCUUAAUAAAAUUAAAUUUGGGAUACAAAGUAUUUAUUUUACAGUUGCAUUUGGGGCGGGGGAAGCUUUUCUAGAAAGUUUCCAAUAUGAAGUUUUCAUAAGUCAAAAAGUUUCCUUAGCACUUAUUUUCUAAUUUAAAAAUUCAUCUAGAAGCUUAAAAUGGAAAGGAUUCUUUUAAUUGUGGAUUAUAGGCAUAAUACUGUCUGCAUCUGAAUUUUCUGUAAGUGAAUAGAACUUUAAUGGAGGAUCUCUUGAUUUUACUAUUGAAUGCUUAAACUGAGUGUGAAACCGUACCGUUCAGCACGGCAGCAGGCCCGCUCACUUUUAGUUCUGUGCAACACAAGCGCUAGUUGAAAUUCCACUUUCUAGGAUUAGUGUAGGAGCCUAAAGUGCUUCUAUAGUUUUAAUGGGUUAAUCCUGGAUUACUUAACAAUUUAUGUCAACUGCACUGGUUUAAUUUGUUGCUAAAGGAAUAAUGCCCUGGCUUUAGUAACAAAUACAGCUCAACUAUUCUUGAAUAUAUUUUGGGAAAAGAAAAAUGUAUGUAACUUAACUUUUGUAAAGAUUUCUAUUUCUUUUUUUUUUUUUUCUUUUUUUGACUUUUGAAGGUGCAAUUUAUUACUGAACUGGCAUUUCUGGCAGUGUAGAACUGUUUCAGAUAUGAUUUGGGGGCUAUGAGUUUCUUAGGUGUUAGUAAUCUAGCUUAUAAAAUAAGAACACCUGUUGAUUAAUGAGUAGGUCGCUUCUGGUGCAAUUGUGGUUUUUCUUUAGCCAGAACAAAUGGCAAACUCUAUUUAGAGCAGAGUAAGUAUCAGAAAACCCUAGGAACUCUUAAUUAAUGUUUAUUAUACUUUCUUUCAGGCAAACCAUAUGAAAGAGCCCUGGGGGAAGUUGGCCCAUAUCUUACUGAGUUGAUCAGAUUUCUUGGUGGGCUGGAAAUUUUUAGCUGUUGUAUAUUUUAAAGUAAAUUGCACCUUUGUAACAUAUUGUAUUGAUGAAUGAUCACUAAGAUUAACUAUAUCUGUACAGUCAUUAGUUUGACAAGAAAUAGAAUCCUGUCAGAUGCCAAAGAGUUGGGAUUUUUACGUUUAAUGAUUAAACACCAUUAUUUAUUGAUGAUUUACUCUGUGGAACUGUAUUAUUUCUAACUAUGAAAUAAAAGGGUGACGUAAACACA